UUCCCUGAAAUAAAGAGAUAGUGUGUGCUGUAGUAUCUCUUCUGUCCUGUGUGUGUUCUGCCGGCUCUCUGUGCGUCUUCAGUGAUGCGUCACAUGGUGAGGUGCGGUUAUCGCAGCUCCGCUCUUCCAAAUAGACCAUUUUUUCUCCGGGUAUUGCCGCGUGAGAAACAAGCACUUCUGGAGGAGCCAGAUUUAGAUCCUGUAACUUUUCUUUUUUUUGCUUUUCCUAGUUUUGCAGCAGAGGUUUUUUGCGCUCUAGGAAUGGACAGCGCAUCUAUGUAGCACUUCACACGGAUGUUUUUUUUUUUUUUGAAUACACAAAUCAGCCAAGAACUCCUCUGAAUUGCUCUCGGAAUUGCUGGCAGCUCCGAUGUGUUGCAGCUGCAACAGCCUUAGUCUGAAACCUCUGGACGGGAGCCGAGAGCAGGUGACACAUAUCCAAAUAUGCGCGUAAUUGGAUUGCGCUGGCGAGGCGUCCCUUGCAUCCCCGCCGGGAUCACGUUGUCGUGAUGUUCAAUACUUCGGGAAUUGAGUUCACUUUUAACAGGAAAGCGGAUAUUUCCGAAGUUAUCAAUGGCACCCUGGAGCUUCUGUACAACGUCCUCGUCCCCAUUAGUCCCACGGCCAUGUGGAACGAAUCGUGCGGGGAGCAGCUGCUGGAUUUCGGGCGCCCGGAGAAGAUCGUCAUCGGGGUGAUGCUGGCGAUCAUCACGGCGGUCACCGUGAUGGGCAACACGCUGGUGGUGAUCGCAGUGUGCGUGGUGAAGAAGCUGAGGCAGCCGUCGAACUACUUGCUGGUGUCCCUGGCUGUGGCGGACCUGUCCGUGGCCAUAGUUGUGAUGCCGUUCGUAAUAGUGACGGACCUCACCGGGGGCAAGUGGCUUUUUGGGGAGGUGUUCUGCAACAUCUUCAUCGGCAUGGAUGUUAUGUGCUGCACUGCCUCCAUCAUGACCCUGUGUGUGAUCAGCGUGGACCGAUACCUGGGGAUCACGCGCCCUCUCACCUACCCGGCACGGCAGAACGGCCAGCUGAUGGCGAAGAUGAUCCUGGGAGUGUGGCUGGUGUCCGCGUCCAUCACGCUGCCCCCUUUCUGUGGCUGGGCCAAAAACGUCCACACGGCCGGCGUGUGCCUCAUUAGCCAAGACUUUGGCUACACCAUCUAUUCCACGGCGGUGGCCUUUUACAUCCCCAUGCUGGUCAUGCUGGUCAUGUACUACAAGAUCUUCAGGGCGGCUCGCAAGAGCGGCGCCAAGCACCGCUUCACCGACCUCACGCGCCGCGAACGCCUCGAAACUGUGGCUAAUGAGGCGCUGCGCAUGCAGGGCCUGAAGCCGCCAGGUGUGGCCGAGGAGUGCGCCGCCCUGUCCCGCCUGCUGAACCGUGAGCGCAGGAACAUCUCCAUCUUCAAGCGGGAGCAGAAGGCAGCCACAACGCUGGGGGUCAUCGUGGGGGUCUUCACUGUGUGCUGGCUGCCCUUCUUCAUCCUGUCCACUGCCAGGCCCUUUAUCUGUGGAGUGGAGUGCAGCUGCGUGCCCAUCUGGCUGGAGCGCACGCUGCUCUGGUUGGGCUACGCCAACUCCCUGAUGAACCCCUUCAUCUACGCCUUCUUCAACCGCGACCUGCGCUCCACUUAUCGCGACCUUCUGCGCUGUCGUUAUCGCAACAUCAACCGCCGGCUGUCCGCCGUGGGCGUGCACGAGGCCCUCAAGGUGUAAGGCAGGGUACAUCCUGAGAAUGGACAGGUGGGGCACGGUGGCCUUGUACACUUGGUGCUCAAAGGGCGACAUGAACACAGCAGGCCUGUAGAUAAGACGCAGACUGACGGAACCGGAGUCGUCGUUGAUGGAUCCCUGGCCCCUCCACAAGGACAGAGAGACAACACAAUCAAUUCAGCGAGUGUGCGAUCCAGUUAUUCUAUUUCGGAGAAGAAAAUCACUGUGCAUACUUCAGUCGACGCUGCUUUUUUUGUGCAUAUGUCACAGUUCUGUCUGGGCUCCGGAGCUAUAUAGUGGGAUAAUGAAGCGACAAUGGAAAUGACAUGUGAGCACGAUCAAUCAUCCUAGGGCUUUCACGGAGAACAGAAAGCAAAUUGAUUUCUGUACAAUGACAAAUUGAUGUUUGAUAAGUUAAAAAAAAACCUUGUUUGUGCACAAUUACUUCUGAGCAUCUUCUUCAUAAGGACGCCGCAGAUUCCUUUCAAACAGGAGGCGGCGAACACUUCGAGGUCUAUUGCGAUUUUGUGCCAGGAUAUUGUUUAUGUCACGUUAUCUCCAGUCAUAGCUUUUUCGGCACGGUCCUCUCACCAAGUUUAACAGGGGCACUUGUUUCACAAAUGUUUCACCAUGUGGUGAUGCCAGGUGAAUGGAGGCGGGUGGAAAAUGGUGUGAAAAGGAACAUUCUCCAUUCACGAAAUCUCUGUGUUUGUUGCCAUGAAAAGAAACUGAAAGUAUUCGAUUGCAGUCUGCAUGAAACAUGUUUGUCUUACAUGCCACCGUAUACAUAAAUCAAAAGGAGAUUUUGAAUAAUGAACAACAGCUUGGGCAGAAGCGUUUCCAUGUCUAACUAAAAAUACUUAAUCGCGAGGUCCAAAUUGAAUAUGAAGUCAAUGGUGUAUGUGUCAGGAACCGAGGUACCGUGGACGUUGUCUUGCCUCGAGCCGUUCCAUUCCUCAUUCGGCCGCUGACCUUCUCGGUUGAUACAGCAAACUAUACCUGCUGAACUCUGCAGUUUAACUUUGAGAAUUGCCCCUCAGACUCUCUCACUCCACCGGUUGUGACAAGGUGUUUCGACCCCCCCCCCCCCCCCCUCUAGAAUUAGGACGUGGUCCCUUCCCUCCUGGCUACACUACGAUUUGAACUGUCCGGUGACCUGUUUAGAAUCCGUGUCAAGUGUCAAACAGUCGAGCAAGUGUGCGCUUUUUUUCUACCUCAAUUUUUGGAGAAUAUUGUGCAUUUAAUUCCAAACAGUUGUACCGCUGUCUUCACCAUUUUUGUAAUUAACUGCUGUUUUAUAUUGUGUUAGAUUGAUUCUGCCUGUGUGUUUUCUCUGUUUGAAGGCUUUGUCAUCACUUUCGGAAGAACAAGCUGGGGGGGGGCAAAGCAAUUUCACACUUUGUAAAUAA